AUGCUGCGAGCCGCGCUCGCCCUGCUCUGCGCCGCGCUGCCCGGCGGCAUCCGUGCGUUUGCCCCCAGCGACUGCGCGUGCGCGGUGGUGCGACCCGCGUCUGGCUCGCUCGAAGGCCUCUGCAUCGCACCACUGCCUCCGAUGGAACAAGAAGAGCUGGACCGCAUCUGCACGUGCCAUGCCGCACCUGGGGCCGUCUCAGCAUGGCUGGGCCGCGUCCAGGAAACCCCAAUCGAUUGCGAUGCAGCAGCGGACGACGCGCUGAGGCGGGGGCUGAUGAGGCUCAAGGCCCCCGGCAGCGCGCACGCCGUCGCCGCCGCGGCGCAGGGGGGUCCGCUGCCGGUCUUCUGCUCCGACUCCGACGAGGCCAUACAGGCGUGGGCUGCAAACCACAGCACCCCGGUCGCGGACGACCCCUACGUCACGACGGGGGCCCUGCAGAGCUCAACCACGAUCAAAAGCGAGCUCAACCCCAUGGACACGCCGUUCGUGUGCCACGAGGAAGGCGACAACUUCUUCCUCUGCCACGAGACUCCGGGCGCCAAGCUUUACCCGGUGGUUGGCGCGGAGGGGAAGUUCGACGUGCUGUGCCACCCGGCGUCGGCGCUCGACGACGUGGCAGUCUUGGUUCAAGGGUUACUGGCCCGCAAACAGAGCAACAUGCUUGCAACCGGGCCGUCCACCGCCGUGGAGGACAGCUACUGCCAUGCUUUGGGCAACGGCACCCUUGUGUGGACCCUUGCACGCUAG